CAUAUGUUUGGUACUAACAACUAAUGCUCAAAGAGAGGAGUGUGGGUCAGAGCUUUUCAAUCAACAUGUCAAAAUAUUAAACUCCUAUAAUAUCUGGAAUUUCAGAGCUGGAUACCCACAGAAGGACUCCCCACUGAACAAAAUGUCAGCUUUCAGCAUACGAAAACAAUCUCCUAAUCAAAGCGAUAAUAAGAGCCCUUCUGUUGCAAUUAAAAGCAGACAAGUUGUACAUGAUGCUAACAAGCGACGGACCCUUUUGCAAGAUAACAGUUGGAUAAAGAAGAGACCUGAAGAGGAAAGUGCUGAUGAAAACUAUGGAAGAGCAGUGCUUAACCAGUACAAAUCCCAAGAUAGCCUACACAGCAGUAGCACAAAUGAAAAGGAAGAUCAGAAAACUGUGCUUGGACGAUACAGGUCUGAUACUACCUUGGACAGAAUUCCAGGCAGAAGUGAUAUUGAUAACAUAAAUAAGUCUCCCACUCUGAAUAAUAAACAAAACAAUAGACAAUCUUGGACUCCUAAUGCAUCAUCCACAAACAUUGCUGCCACUUCUCCAAUCAAGAAAAAAAGACAAUCCUGGAUGCCUCCCCCUGUUUCAAGUAGUAAGACCACAACAGAAACAGUGGAAACCAAAUUGACCCCUUCUUCAGAAAAUUCAAAGGCUCCAACAAGUGCUGCUUUUUCAUCAGAACAAGUGACCCCUCAAGAAGUGACCCCUCAAGAAUCAAAGACUGAUGUGGAAGAUAAAUCUACAGCAAGGAAACAAGAUCUUGAUGACCUCAUUAAAGUGAAUCCCAGGUCUUUCCCAAGUGACAAAGAAGGAAAGGAUCUUGAGGAUUUUGCUGAAAUAAAUGCUGCUUCUCAGAAAAAUAGGAGGAAUGAGGACCGUGGUGAUCUCACUGUAGUAAAGUCUGCUGAUGACCAAAGCAAAAAGGGGAUAACUAAGAAAACAUAUGAAAAUCGUCCAAGCGCUCCAAAUAAUCUCCCAGAGAAAAGCUACUCCAGCAACAGUGAAAGAAAGAUCAGCAAAUCAUCACAUCGUGCCUAUGAAGAAAAUAUAACUGGAAAUACCAUCAAAACUGUUUACUCUACUUCUGAUCGGAGUAUAAUUGGAAAAGAUAUAUGUACAUACUGCAGGAAGCCCUUGGGCAUAGAUGCCAAAAUGAUCUUAGAUGCCUUGCAAAUUUGCUGUCAUUCAACUUGCUUCAAGUGUGAAGUAUGCAAAAGACCACUGGAAGAUUUGAAAGCAGGAGACAGCAUUUGGAUUUACAGACAAACUGUGCAUUGUGAGCCUUGCUAUUCCAAAGUUAAAGAAAAAUGGAUCUACUAAUUUUAACAUAAAGAAAACAAGACAAAGAAGUUCCACAAAUGUUUAGUAAAGUGUAUUGGCCUGCUACUUCAAACCACUGUGGAAAAUUAUCAAUUUUAAUUUCUAGAAAUAAGUACUCUAAAUGCAGUCCUACUGCAUUGUUCCUAAAAGAAUUAAUUCCAGGAGAAUUUAGAUGCCUUUUCAUACACACAUUCCUGAAAGUGAAAGAAGAUGUCGUUCAGUGAUCAUCAGAUCUCUGAAAUUGCUAAACUGUAUGGAAAACUAAUGAUAAUUUAUUGAAAAGUUACGAACUGCAGAACUUACACACCCAUUCUGAAGGAUGUUGUAUUCUAUUCAGAAACCACAUCUCCUCAGAAAUAAGGAACUGUUAUCUUUAUGUAGUGUGAAUGGGAUUAAUCUCAUCUAAGAUUAGCCAUCUGAAAAUCAUCUAUUCAUUUUAAGCUACUGGUUUCAUACUCAAUGAGGUGGGUUUUUCUCCAUGCUUUGAGGACAGACAUCAGUCUCCAGAGUAAGAUUCUUCCCAAGUAACCUAGAUCAUAAUUUUAAGAUUAUUGAUUUUCCAAAUAAUCUUUGGAAAAUAGAUCUCUCUUUAUAAACUACAGAGGGAUGCUAGACAAAAAUUAUUAGGAGGGUUAAAUUAUUAGUAUCAGACUCCAUAUUUUUAAGCUUGGUAACUAUUGUAUUACAUUUUUGUUGUUGUUAGUUUUUGUUUGUUUGUUUUCUUUUCUUUUAUUUUCUUUUUUAUGUGCACACUAAUAGUUGCCAUGAAAUCAAGGAAUUACAUACUUACUGUGACAUUAUGUUGUUGUAUUUAUCUUUUCUGCUAUUUUAAUCCGCCUAUCUGAACACCUGGGAUGGAUUAAUCUCUCCUAAAUUUAAACCCCUACAGUGUGGACAUCUACAUUUAAGUUACUUAAUCUAUUCUGUCUUUAUAGUCACUAGAGAGAAGUAGAUAUUUUUAGGAAAUGAUUCAGUUGGUCAGAUUGAAAACAUCUAUUUUGUGAUGAGGUUACCCAUACUCUGAACGUAUGUUUUACAUUCCAUUAUUUGCAGAGGAAACUGGAGUGAAUAGUUGAAAUUUAGACAUCUCCAUUAGGCCAGAUGCCCUGCUUCUGUUGAGCCUACGGUGAAAACAUCUUUUUUUUUUUUUUUUUUUCCUUUUGUACAAUGUGCAUCUGUUGAGGUAUAGAAACUGAAAGAGUUCAUUCUUUGUUAUAAUAUGUUUCUGCAACACUAAUUUGUUAUCUGCAUUAUUUGUCUAAAAUAAUAAUUAUUUCAGUGGUUUACUGGAGAAACAAAGGUGUUAACUACUAGUCUCCACCUUGUGAAGUUUUAGAUCAUGGUUAUUUAAAAAUGCUUUUCCUCCCUUACCUAUCAUCUGAAAAGGAUUUCUUAGACAUGAAUAUGAUAGCAUUAGGGUGCUUUUGGAGGCUGCUGAACCUCAGCAGAGCUUAGAAAGUCAGAAAGUGCCAAAGCCAUAGAUUAACACUAGAGUGUUGAACAAUUAUUGCAGCCAAACAUUCUCUCUUCAACUGCACCUACACUAGUGGAGACAGGAGCUAUGAAUUUAUGUGUAAUUUAAACCAUUGGACCCUCAGCUGAAUAACGAUACAAUCUGUCUUGCCUGGCUUAAAGCAUGUUUGUACUGUUAUAUGAAAAAGAGCCAUGAAACAGUGGAUAAUUGCUUUCAUUAUUUUUAUGAAAAAAUCUUAUGAAUUAAUGGCAGUACCUUUAUUAAAUCUAUUAUCAAUA